UCCGUCUCGUACCUGCCUCAAAACGGGCAAUUUUCAUCACUUAUUUUGGUCUUCCUCCGCUGACCGCUUUGUGUGAAACCGAUAUAUAUAUAUAUAUAUAUGUAUAUAUAAAUAUAUAAAAAGGAGCCUGGUUUCGUAACGCAACGUGCUGCACCGGUAGCAGCGCGGAGGAAAAGGUCUUUUCCCACCGAGGAUGCGGAUUUAAAGGAGAGGCUUUAUUGUCUGUUACCUGGAUUUUUAAAACGUAGAUUUCCAAUUAGCUUCGUCGCACGCGUCGGUAGCGAAGGAAGAUAUUUUGCUGAAAUAUCGCGCACAGUGACGCGUUAGUCAUAAUAUCGACAGCAUCUAACGGAAGACAAAAUAAUAGGGUUGAAUGUGUUUUCCUCCAGCCUGGACAACAUGAGCACCAUCUCACCGACGGACUUCGACAGCUUGGAGAUCCAGCAGCAGUAUAAUGACAUCAACAACCGCUGGGACCUGGCAGCAGAGACUGACUGGGAUAAUGAGAACGGUUCAGCACGCCUCUUCGAGCGCUCACGCAUCAAGGCCCUCGCAGAUGAGCGUGAAGCGGUCCAGAAGAAGACCUUUACCAAAUGGGUAAACUCUCACUUAGGCCGAGUGACGAGUCGCAUUGGUGACCUGUACACCGACCUGCGUGAUGGCCGCAUGCUAAUCCGCCUUCUGGAAGUGCUCUCGGGAGAACAGCUGCCAAAGCCCACUAAGGGCCGCAUGCGUAUCCACUGCCUGGAGAAUGUUGAUAAAGCCCUGCAGUUUCUAAAGGAGCAAAAAGUCCAUCUAGAGAACAUGGGUUCACAUGACAUAGUAGAUGGGAAUCACCGUCUCACCCUGGGUCUCAUCUGGACCAUCAUCCUUCGCUUCCAGAUCCAGGACAUUAGUGUGGAGAUGGGGGACAACAAGCAAAAGAAGUCCGCCAAAGAGGCCCUGCUGCUUUGGUGCCAAAUGAAAACUGCUGGAUACCCCAAUGUCAACAUCCACAACUUCACCACCAGCUGGAGAGAUGGCCUGGCGUUCAGUGCCAUCGUUCACAAACACAGACCCGACGUGAUUGAGUUUGACAACUUGAAGAGGUCCAACGCUCACCAUAAUCUCCAGAAUGCUUUUAAUGUGGCUGAGAAGGAUCUUGGGCUCACCAAGCUGCUGGACCCAGAAGAUGUUAAUGUUGAUCAACCUGAUGAAAAGUCGAUCAUUACCUAUGUGGCGACCUAUUACCAUUACUUCUCGAAGAUGAAAGCCUUGGCAGUGGAGGGCAAACGAAUUGGCAAGGUACUGGACUAUGCUCUCGAGGCUGACCAACUGAUAGAGAAGUAUGAGACCCUUGCCUCGGAGCUGCUGCGGUGGAUUGAGCAGACCAUCGGGACGCUUAAUGAUCGGCAGCUGGCUAACUCACUGAAUGCUGUGCAAAACCAGCUGCAGGCGUUUAACUCCUACCGGACUGUAGAGAAACCCCCCAAAUUUACAGAGAAGGGAAACUUGGAAGUUCUCCUCUUCACUAUCCAGAGCAAGAUGAGAGCAAACAAUCAGAAAGUCUUCAUGCCAAGAGAGGGAAAACUCAUCUCUGACAUCAAUAAGGCAUGGGAGCGACUGGAGAAGGCCGAGCAUGAACGAGAGCUGGCACUGAGGAAUGAGUUGAUUCGUCAGGAGAAGCUGGAGAUGCUCGCUGCACGUUUUGACCGCAAAGCAGCGAUGCGGGAAACGUGGCUGAGUGAGAACCAGAGGCUGGUGUCUCAGGACAACUUUGGAACUGACUUGGGAGCUGUGGAAGCGGCCACUCGCAAACAUGAAGCGAUUGAGACGGACAUUGGGGCAUAUUUGGAGCGUGUGGCUGCCGUGGAGGCCGUUGCCAAAGAGCUGGAAGCUGAGAGGUACCACGAUGUGCGCCGUGUAAUUGCACGGAGGGACAAUGUGCUGCGUCUCUGGGAAUACCUGAAAGAGCUGCUGGCGGCACGCAGAGAGCGGCUGAACGCCCAUCGUGACCUUCAAAGACUGUUUGAGGAGAUGCGCUACAUCAUGGACUGGAUGGCAGACAUGACGGGUCGUCUGCAGUCUCCGGACAGUGGCAAACAUUUGCACGAUGUGUUAGACCUGCUGCAGAAACACACUCUGGUAGAGGCUGACAUUUCAGCUCAGGCGGAGAGGAUCAAGGCAGUUCAGGGAGCGGCACAGCGCUUCACUUCCCAUGAACAGGCCUACAAACCGUGUGAGCCGGGACUAGUCGGUGAGAAGGUUGACCUCCUCGGUCAAGCCUAUGAGGAGCUGGGUCAGCUUGCUGGGAAACGCAGAGUGCGCCUUGAGGAUUCACUCCGCCUGUGGCAGUUUCUGUGGGAUGUGGGAGAAGAAGCCGCCUGGAUCAGAGAGCAGGAGCAGAUCCUGGCCAGUGGAGACUGUGGCCGUGACCUCACUUCUGCCCUUCACCUGCUCAGCAAACACGAGGCCUUCAGUGAUGAGAUGGCGGCACGUUAUGGCCCCCUGAGCAACAGCAUUGCUGCCGGAGAAGCUUUGGUUGAGGAGGGACACUUUGGAGCCCCAGAGGUCACCGAAAGGAUUGAAGACAUCCGUGCACAGUGGGCACAUCUGGAGGAGACAACUAAGCUCAGAGAGCUGAGCCUCAAAGAAGCUGCGGCCCUGCACCAGUUUCAAACGGAUGCCAAUGACAUGGAGGCAUGGAUCAUGGAGACACUUAGACAGGUGUCAAGUCAGGAAGUGGGCCAUGAUGAGUUCUCCACCCAAACUCUUGCUCGCAAGCAGAGGGAGGUAGAGGAGGAGAUCCAGAGUCACCGCCCCGGCAUCGACUCCCUGCAUGAGCAAGUCGAGGCACUGCCACAGGCCUAUAUACAUUACCCUCAGGUGGAUGGCCGCCUACCUGCUAUUGAGCAGAGUUAUGAAGAACUGGAGUCUCUGUCGGCCACUCGGCGCCGGGCUCUGGAAGGAGCCCUGGCCCUCUACCGCAUGUUCAGUGAAGCUGGUGCCUGCCAGCUCUGGGUGGAGGAAAAGGAGCAGUGGUUAGAUGGCAUGGAGAUCCCUACCAAACUGGAGGACUUGGAGGUGGUGCAACAGAGAUUUGAGACCCUGGAACCUGAGAUGAACAACCUGGGCACUCGUGUCACUGAUGUGAACCAGGUGGCCGAGCAGCUGCUGAGCUCCGACAACUGUAACAAAGACCAAAUCCAUCAGACACGAGACCAACUGCACAACAGGUGGAAGGAGUUCGAACAAAUGGCUGGCCAAAAAAAAAUAGCCCUUCAGUCGGCCCUUAACAUUCAGAACUACCACUUGGAGUGUAAUGAGAUCCAAACUUGGAUGAAGGAAAAAACCAAAGUGAUUGAAUCCACCCAGAGCCUGGGCAAUGACCUGGCUGGUGUGAUGGCACUGCAACGCAAACUCACUGGCAUGGAGAGGGACCUAGAGGCCAUUCAGGGCAAACUGGAUGACCUGAGAAACGAGGCUGAACAACUGGCCAUCGAACAUCCAGAUCAGGCAGGAGAGAUUCAAGGACACCUGGCAGGGAUUCAAGAUGUGUGGAAGGAGUUGAACGCCACCAUGAAGCGGCGCGAGGAGUCACUGGGCGAAGCCAGCAAGCUGCAGGGUUUCCUCCGGGAUCUGGAUGACUUUCAGUCCUGGCUGUCCCGCACCCAGACAGCCGUGGCCUCAGAGGACAUUCCAACCUCUCUGCCUGAGGCUGAGACUUUGCUAACCCAGCAUGAGAGUAUUAAGAAUGAGGUGGAUAACUAUAAGGAGGACUACGAGAAGAUGCGAGCGCUCGGUGAGGAGGUGACCCAAGGCCAGACAGAUGCCCAGUACAUGUUCUUGGCCCAGAGACUCCAGGCACUGGACACUGGCUGGCAUGAGUUGCGUCGCAUGUGGGAGAACCGCCACAGCCUCUUGGCCCAGGCCUUUGACUUCCAGAAUUUCUUGAGGGACGCAAAGCAGGCAGAGGCUUUCCUCAACAGACAGGAGUAUGUGCUGUCCCACACCGAAAUGCCCACCAGUCUUCAAGGAGCAGGGGAGGCCAUUAAGAAGCACGAGGAUUUCCUCACGACAACGGAGGCCAGUGAGGAGAAGAUAACUGGCGUGGUGGAGGCCGGACAGCGCCUCAUUAAUGACAGCAACGCAAACUCUGAUAAGAUCCAGGAAAAAGUCGACUCCAUCCAGGAAAGGCAUGUUAAGAAUAAAGAGGCUGCAAAUGCAUUGCUGGCUAAGCUUAAAGACAACCGGGAACUGCAGCGCUUCCUCCAAGAUGGACAGGAGCUCACGUUGUGGAUAAAUGAGAAGAUGCUGACGGCACAGGACAUGUCUUAUGAUGAGGCCAGAAAUCUCCACAGCAAGUGGCAGAAGCAUCAGGCCUUCAUGGCCGAGCUGGCCUCCAACAAAGACUGGCUGGACAAAAUUGAUACGGAGGGUCAGGCACUGGUGGCCGAGAAGCCGGAGCUAAAACCUGUGGUUCAGCAGACCCUGGAGGACCUCCAGCGUGAGUGGGAGGAGCUGGAGGGCACCACCCGCACCAAGGCCCAGUGCUUGUUCGAUGCUAACCGGGCAGAGCUCUUUACACAGAGCUGCUCUGCUCUGGAUGGCUGGCUGAAAAACCUUGAGGGUCAGCUGCAUAGCGACGACUAUGGCAAAGAUUUGACCAGUGUCAACAUCCUGCUCCAGAAGCACCAGAUGCUGGAGCACCAGAUGGAGGUCAGAGAGAAGGAGGUGGAGUCCCUUCAGUCUCAGGCUGUGGCCCUGUCCCAGGAAGACGCUGGAAUUGUCGAGGUAGAUGGUCAACAAAGGCGUGUCACUGACAACUUCUCCAGCCUUCAGGACCCUCUCAAACUAAGGAGACAUCGACUCCUGGCCUCCAAAGAAGCACAUCAAUUCAACAGAGAUCUGGAGGACGAAAUUCUUUGGGUGAAAGAGAGGAUGCCCCUGGCGGCCUCCAAAGACCAUGGAAAAGACCUGCCCACCGUACAGCUGCUAAGCAAGAAGAACCAGACAUUGCAGAAGGAGAUCCAGGGCCACCAGCCUCGCAUCGAUGACAUCCAUAGACGAGGCCAGACUCAGAGCCAGGUAGAUGGCGAGAGACAGUCUGUCCUGGAGGAGCGACUCGUUGAGCUGCGGGACCUGUGGGACCAGCUGAUGGCCGAGACAGACAAUCGCCAUGCCCGUCUUAUAGAGGCAAAUCGCGCUCAGCAGUUCUAUGCUGAUGCAGCGGAGGCGGAGGCCUGGAUGGGAGAACAAGAGCUACACAUGAUGUCAGAGGAAAAAGCCAAGGAUGAGCAAAGUGCACUAGUGAUGGUCAAGAAGCACCAGACCCUGGAACAGGCACUUGAAGACUACGCCCAAACCAUUCACCAACUUGCCAACAGCAGCCGCACCAUGGUCAACGGUGAACACCCGGAGAGCGAGAGAAUCACCCUACGGCAAGCCCAAGUGGACAAACUGUAUGCCGGGUUGAAAGACCUCGCUGAGGAGCGUCGUGGUCGACUUCAGGAGAGACUGCGACUGACCCAGCUAAAGCGGGAGGUGGAUGAACUGGAACAGUGGAUUGCUGAGAGGGAGGUGGUAGCCGGCUCCCAUGAACUAGGACAGGACUAUGAACAUGUCACAAUGCUUCGGGACAAGUUCCGUGAGUUUGCUCGUGACACCAGCACCAUUGGCCAAGAGCAUGUAGAUGGUGUGAAUGGCCUUGCAGAUGACCUGAUUGAGUCGGGUCAUCCUGAAAACGCUAGUGUGGCUGAAUGGAAAGACGGGUUGAACGAGGCUUGGGCUGAUCUGCUGGAGCUGAUCGACACACGCACACAAAUGUUAGCAGCCUCCUAUGAGUUGCACCGCUUCCAUCAAGAUGCCACGGAGGUGCUCGGGCGUGUUAAGGAGAAGAGGGAAGGGCUGCCUUCUGACCUUGGCCGUGAUCUGAACACCGUUCAGCAUCUACACAGACAGCACAACACUUUCGAAAAUGACAUCCAGGCCCUCAGUGGACAGGUGAAUCAAGUGCAAGAUGAUGCAGCACGGCUGCAGAAGGCUUACGCUGGGGAGAAGGCGGACGACAUUAACAGGAGUGAAAAUACUGUGACUUCUGCCUGGGAGGGCCUGCUUGAGGCUGGUCAGGCCCGCAGGCUCCUCCUGCUGGACACUGUGGAGAAGUUCCGCUUCUUCAACAUGGUGCGAGACCUGAUGCUCUGGAUGGACGGUGUCAAUCUGCAGAUAGAUGCACACGACAGCCCCAGGGAUGUGUCUUCUGCAGGGCUGGUCAUUGCCAAUCAUCUGGACAUCAAGUCUGAGAUUGAGACCAGGGCAGACAGCUUUACUGCCUGUAAUGAGAUGGGGAAUUCUCUCAUCAACAAUAAUCACUAUGCAGCUGAUGAGAUCCGGGAGAAACUGGCUCAACUCCAGGAAAAGAGAGAAAAGAUCAACAACAAGUGGCAAGACAAGAUGGACCAUUUACAAAUUGUACUGGAGGUGUUGCAGUUUGGACGUGAUGCCCAUGUGGCAGAGUCUUGGUUGGCAGGGCAAGAACCUCUGGUGCGCGCUGCAGAGCUGGGCUCAAAUGUGGAUGAGGUAGAGAGCCUAAUUAAGCGCCAUGAGGCCUUUGAGAAACUUGCUGUGGCCUGGGAGGACCGCUUUGUGCUGCUGGAGAAACUGACUACUCUUGAGGAGCAUGAGAUCCAGAAGAGGCGAGAGGAAGAAGAGAGAGCAAGGCGACCCCCUACACCACCCCCAGUAGAAGUGGCACAAUCUGAAACAGAAAGUCAUGUCCAUGACUCUGCAGCCAGAACCAGUCUGGACCAGACUACCCUCAAUCAGUCUGUGUCGGUGAAUGGAGUUCACAGCGACAAUGACACAUCGCAGCGCUCAUUAUCGCUAUCGUUGUCAGUGGGAAAGAAAUCAGAGCCUAAGGGUGUGUGUAAGCCGAAGGAGCCGGAGCGUAGCUCUGAGACCGAGUCUGUGAACGGACCAGGCCGGGACAGCGGGCUGGCAUCCUCUCGCCUGGAGCCUUCUGCCACGUUACCGGGCCGGGCUGGAGCAGAGCCAGAUGCCAUGGAGGGGAUGCUCAAUCGAAAACAGGAGAUGGAGACCCACAGCAAAAAGGCGCCUAGCAGGUCCUGGCAGAACGUGUACUGUGUCCUCAGAAAAGGAAGUCUUGGUUUCUAUAAAGAUGGCAAGAGCGCUAGCAGUGGCAUCCCGUACCACGGAGAGGUGCCCAUCAGCCUGGGAGAGGCUGUGUGUGAGGUAGCAAACGACUAUAAGAAGAGGAAAUUUGUAUUCAAGCUCAGGCUCGGGGAUGGAAAGGAGUACCUGUUUCAGGCAAAGGAUGAGGCUGAGAUGAGCUCCUGGAUCCGUUCCAUCAUCGGCGCCAUUCCAGCAGGAUCAGCAGACUCGCCUGUCGGCCCACGGGCCCUCAGCCGUGCCAUGACGAUGCCGCCCAUCUCCCCCAACGCAGGCGAAGCCGGAGGCGUUACCAUGCGCAACAAAGACGGGAAAGAGAAGGACCGCGAGAGGAGGUUCAGCUUCUUUGGCAAGAAAAAAUAAAACACUUGUGUCUAAAUUUCAACAAACUGAAGCAGUCAGAAAGCAAAGUACAGACAGGUAACGCAAACACACUGCUCUCAGUGCAGAACCCCGAGGAAUCUGUCAACAGCUACUGUAUGUGGCUUCCCGAGAACUUUGUCUUUUCUUUCUCUCUUAUUCUCUGCCGCCGCCAUUUUUAUCUGUCGUUUACCUUUUCGUUCACCGAUUCAUAUUUCACAUUUAGCUGCACUCAACAAUGAAAGCCCUCAAGUCAGUAACAGCUGUGGGUGUCAUUAGUAAGGACUCAGGACCAGUUCCUUGAGAAUGAAUAUUUUCUCUUCAGUGAGUCUCCAAUGAGUCGUGGUGGCCAAUGUUCUGCAAGGAAUACAAAGGCCUCAGUAAGUAAGUAAGAGUCUUGACUCGUGGAGCCGUUUUCAUGCCGUGUCACGAAUAAAACAAUGGAUGGUGGCGUUCCACUGUGGUGCACUGGGUUUUGUUUGCCUGCUUUGAAUCCCACUCUGUUUGGGAGCAUCACAUCAGUCUCUUUCCUGUUAUUGGUGUUGAUGUCAUUAACCUGAAUGAUUAUGUUUGCUAUUAUCAUUAUUACAAUUAUAAUUAUUUUUAUUACUAUUAUUAUUUAUCUUUUGCUAUUGCUGGUUUGAGAAAACAAGCUAAUUCAUUCAAUCUUCCUUACUGUUGUGGAGAGAAACACAUUUGGUUAAAUUAGUGGAGAAUGUCGGGCUUGCCCUCUGUAUGUAAUAUUGUGUUUAGUUUUUUAGGAAUGACAGUUGAUGAGGUGUUUUGAGAAAAAAAUAAAGCUCCUUGAAUUUUAGAAGUGUGCCGUAAGUGAUCACAAGUUUCAUUGGGAAAAUAAUAGAUAUAUUUAAUAAGUGGUUUUAUUUUUUAUUUUGUCUCUAAUUCUGCCUGUAUUCGGUCAUUUCUUUUGAGUGAUCUUUUCUGCUUGAUUUUUGACUUUAUUUUUUCUGUACAAAGCAGAGAGGAUUAGUUUUCUAGUGUGCGUGUGUGUGUGCGUGUGAGUUGUGGUGCUGUGGACUUUGCACGUUUAUGUUAUGAAUGCUGCUUUUUUUGGUACGCAAAUGCGGACAACCAGACACAAACACAACAUAAUAUUACUGGGAUGAUUUCAUAAAAUUAGAUUUUCUUUGUUUUUUAUUACGUCAGCUGACAUUACCCAUGAAGUUUCACAUGAAGGUUUAAUUAUUUUUGUUUGAGUCUUCUGAUAUCUGUUCUCUCUCUACUGGUGUGAAGGCAUGGGGGCUGUUGGUAGAUACCGAGCUGAAGCACAUUCUCUGUGGCAGCCAGCAGGACGGGUCUCAUUAGGGGAAGUGGCGUUGGCUCGGCAGGGAAGAAUGCGGUUUAUGUGCUACAUGACAGACGUGUGUAUUGAGCCUUACUUGAACCCACUACAGAUACACUGACCCCCUAUUUACCAACCCACCCUCCAUUCCAGCAGUCUUAAAGGAAGCUGUCGUCAUACGAAGACAGGAAUGUUUAAAAUAUAGGUGCCCUGUGGCAAUGAUCUAAUGUAUGCCAGUGUGUUCUGUAUGCAGGUACAACAUGCGUUGCAGUAACCAACUGGCAGAGAGGGAAGAGUCCUAAAGCGUCUCAGACGAGCUUUGUGCUCUUGCAUAAUGUGGCAUGACUUCAUGUAGGUUUAAAUUUGUAUGUGUGUCGUCAUGGCCACCUAUUCUCUUCAUUGUGGACGUACUCUGAAAACAUGACAUCACUUCAUAUUCAGGGUUGGGGAGCAACUCAUUCUGUGUAAUUGGCAUUUGGAGUAAUCUGAAACGAGAUCAUGGCAAUCCAAUAUCGUGAAUGUACAAAUAUGAUAGGCAUUUAUUAUUUUUCCUCAAAUAUGGUACAUGUUUGAAAUGAUAAAGGCUUUUACAGUAUGUUGUGAGACUGUAGGCGGGAGUGGAAUUUUAUAUAAAUUGGUUAAGUGUUAUUAUAGUCGGUCACUUAAAUCCACGUUUUAAUUUACCUUUCUAACUGCCAAAAUGCCACAAAGUUAUAGGAAAACAAUUCGGAAUUCAAGAGAUUUAUGAAUUAUAGGUUGCAAGUAAUUAAUUAUUUUGUGAUAGAUUCCAGCUUGAAAGUAACUCUUUAGAGCUGGUAAUUGCCUGGAUGUGUAUACCACGCCUUGGAGGGCUCAUACGUCCACAGAAAUGUCACACCAAAAUGUAGUGACAACAGAAACGGCUGGGAAUAAACUGGUUUCAGUUUAAACAGGUUGGCCUUAUCUUGCAGUCCCAAAGGAACAUGGAACCAGUAGUCUAUUGCUCAAAGACCCCCGAAGCCAGAUAUGAGAAAUAUCUGAACCCCCACUUUGAGACGACUGAAAAGUGGACCGCACCUGGUCCAAACUCUCGAACUGACUGCCUUACCUCUGUCAGUGGGAUUUUGUGUCUCCGGUGGGCGACCCUGCUCCCAGUUUAAGUAAACUUAAACAAAACUACCAACUGGGAAGUCAAUAAGGUCAUUGCAUAUAUAGGUGAGCAAUGCAGUUCAAGGACAUUGUGCACAAUUUUGAAUGGAGGAGUCAUUCUUCCCCAGUGGCUUGAGCUGUUUAUAGGGAUCACAUUGCGACCUUUUCUCUGCUCUGGACAUCAGACGCAGCAUUCAGUUGAUCUCGAGGUUUAAAGGUCACGCAGUGUAUUUUCUUAUCGGCUCAUUUGAAUGUGAAUGAUUCAAAUUAGUUUGGCCAAAUUGGUCACGAGAAGCAACACUAUUUCGCAUACGUGACAUUCUGUACACAAACUUUCACUUUCACACACACUCGCACAUUAAUCCUGUAUAAUUUAAAGCAGAAUGACCCUGGCAAUCCAGUUUUGUGGAUAUGUCCUCAGCUGGCUGUGAUUUGAUGUUGAAUAUGGCAUCCUUUUUAAAAUGGCGUUGUGCUACUGGUGAGCGUUGACCAGAACAUAUGAGUUGGAGUAUUAUUGCUGUCAAAGAGACAUGUUUUUGGUAAUAAGAGUACUUGUACCAAUGGAGUACUUAAUGAAGAAAAACAACAACUUUUACUUGGUAUUUAACAUGGGUGAAAACAGACCGGUGACAAUUUGAGCUUCCUUUUUUCUUUCUUUUUGAAGGCAGGAAGGAUACUUGCUGUCUAGUGGGAGCUUGUAUUUUUUCAUCCAGUGGUCUGUCUCGCAGCAUUUGAUAAGCCUGUCCUCCGACCUUCAUUUCUCAUUAUUUUUGACAAAUGUCUGUUCCUUCCUCUGUAAUUCAGAGUUGUUAAUACCACUACUAUUAUUAAUUGCUAUUAUAAUCAUUAUUGCUACUGUUGUUACUAUUACUACUACUGUUACUAAUGCAACUUAUUGCAAAAAGUAUAACUGCUGUCCAUUUUCAGGUACGUCUGUAAUACCAGACCCUUCCACACGAUGUCAGUGUGCUGUGGAGCAUUUUCAUUACAAAUCGAAAAUAAUGUUUGUUGACUUGUGUAUCUACAUCUAAUAUUAGGAAUAAUAAAACAUGGUAUUGUU